GUGGCGGGGGAGGAGCGGGGAGAGAGACGCGCCAACACUUGUGCUGCUCAGGCAGGUUAUGUCCCACGCCGCCCUCCACACGCCCCGGUCAUGGAGAAGAGGAUAGAACUGGAGAGACGGGGCAGAAGUCCUUCCAAGAUUACAGAGUUGAAUUUGGACAAUUGCAGGAGCACGUCCAUUGUGGGUUUGACAGAUGAGUUUGAAAAGCUGGAGGUGUUGAGUCUCAUCAAUGUUGGCCUAACCUCUCUCAAGGGAUUACCAGUGCUUCCCAAUCUUCGCAAGUUGGAAUUAAGCGACAACCGAAUCUCUGGAGGGUUGAAUGCUCUCACCUGCUUACCCAAGCUUGCCUAUUUGAACCUCUCUGGAAACAAGAUUAAAGACCUGGAAACAUUAGAACCUUUGAAGAACCUUAAGUCUUUGUUCAACUUGGAUCUGUUCAACUGUGAGGUGUCAUUGGUAGAGAACUACAGAGAAAAAGUAUUUUCUCUCAUCCCCUCGCUUGUCUAUCUUGAUGGGCUUGAUAAGGAGGAUAACAGUGAAGAAGAGGAAGAUGGUGAGGAAGAGGAGGAUGGAGUAGAGGUGUUGGGUGAAGGCGAAAAUGAUGACGAUGAUGGUGGAGAGGUCCUGGAGGGUGACAACGAACAUGAUGAUGAGGAUGACAUAGAUGGAGAAGAGGAGGAAGAAAUUGAUGAGGAAGAGGUAGAAGAGGAGGAAGACGAAGAUGAGGAGGAGGAAGAUGUCCCAUUAGAUGCACUUUACAAGGAGUACAACCCAGUUGGUGAUGAUGAUUAUGAAGCAGCAGAAGGAGAAGGUGAAGAUGACGAUGUUCUCGAGGAAGAGGAAGACGGUGAUGUGAACCGAGGCCAAAAGAGGAAGCUGUCGGACGGAGAUUAGAAUUAACAUUAAGAGUGGGCACGUGGCAACCUGUAGCCGAGAGGGCAGCAGGGGGGUGAGUGGAGGCACCGUUGCAGCUAUACCGUUGGGCUUGUGUGUGGCUCGAAGCGCAAUGAUACUGCUGGGCAACUUAGCAGUUAGAGUUUUUGAUCCUCAACUGAAGUGUUCAGGAAAAAUCAAAUUUAAUUCUUUUUUAAUAAUCUCCAAAAUGCAACUUGUUUUAUAAUAAUUUUCUGUAUACAAGAACUACCCAAUUAGAAUUGCUCAUUGCACCAGACAUAGGUUGAAUGCUGAUAAUGGCCACGGGACCUGGCCACAAACCCCUCUCCCAGCUCUUUCUGUACCCUUGGGGGCGUAAGUCUUGCCCUCUCGUCUUGACUAGAGCUCUACGCCUAGCUUGCUGCAAUUGCCCUAGCCGUCACUUACCUCACUUGACCCAAACACGACUGAAGUGAAUGUUAAGGGACUUUGUUAACGUACUUUGAAUAAAUACUGUAUGUUUUAGCUGAGCUGUUGGAUAGCAGUACAUGUAAUGGGUCCUCAAGUGCAACUCAUAGGAUUAUGCAAUUAUUAACCAUACAUUGAAACAGCUAGCUGGCUGGAAGAUAAGGAUAAUAUCAAAUUUAUGGCCCCAGUGGAAUUGCUUAGACAUCAUGUGUUUGGUCUUGGUGUGUGUCAGUGCCAGUGAAAAUGCAAUAUUGCAUCAAGAGGGUAUGAUCGGUGAAUUGCUUGAGCCAUUGUGCAACAAGACAUGGCCCAUUAAUUUAUCCAUCUCAGCUGCUCUGCAUCUCAUAAAUUUGCAUUCUUGCGUUUGAUGUUUGUCUUGCAUUUGUUGAAGUAAUGGGAAUGUUGUCAGAAAUCUAACUGUUAUGUGUUUAAUGGUAGUUCAGUUUUUAAAUCUGAUAUCAGCAAUAAUAUUUUGAGUUUGAAUUGUGAUUUAUGGACAAUGUUUAUGUAUCAUGAUUUUAGUUAUGAUGGUUAGCUAAGAGACUUGUAUAUAAAAUAUAAUGAAAACAUCAUCAGUACAGUAAUUGUAAGACAUGUUGAAACAAGAUUAUAUAAGACAAUGGAUUAAUUUUUUUAAUUUUCAUACUUUGUAUAGUAGCAGAUUGUUGUGUAUUAGUAUGAUAGGCAAUGUCUGCCUCACGAGACUCGAUGCGUCUGGCUGAGAGCUUUGUCAUGGCUUCCCAGGCUGGGUGAGGUUGGUUUUUAGGUUUUUGGCUGGACUCCUGCCAUGAAAGUUCCAUAGUCUUUCCCAUUCUUGUUGCAUCUAAUAGGGCCGUCCUUUAGUGUGAAAUUUGCAGUAGGUUUUUAUUGUUGCUAUUAAUUAUUACUCACUUAUUAAAAUGGUUUUAUUACUGUACUGGGUUUUGCACUCAAGGACCAACUAAAUGGGAGUUAUGGAGAUUCAUGUGUAGUGGUCAAGUUAGGGUACAAAAGUGGCUAUAAUCUUUGAAAAGCAGAAAGUGUUUGUGGUCAUAACAGUGUAAACAUAAGGUAGUUUUCUUAAGUUUUAUACCAUCUUGUAAAUAGGAUAUAUAAGUAAAAAUAUGAAGGACAUUGAGUUAAGGUCUCUUGGAUACCUGGCCAUAGAAUGUUAAAAAGAAAACAUUGACUUAAUGGUGCAAUGGUAACAAGAUUAAAUUUUGAGUGGCACAUAUUAACUAAGACUGUCAGUCAUUGAUCUCCGAGUGAAGGCCACAUCUUGUACAGCCGCAGCAGCCAUGACCCCCAACUGUGUGUGUGUGGACCACGCAGGUCCACACCACCAGCUUGCACACCCCCACCACCACCACUUCUCUUGACCCACCUGUUUUAACAUGUCUCUUGUUACAAGUUAUAUUAUUGUGGAAUUGGGCAACUUUUAUAUAACUAAAUGAGAGGAGUAAAUGUUAUUAUUUAUUUUUUAAGGAGUACUGAAAUUAAAAUCAAUUUAUUAAAUGAGAAUUGUUAAAUAAUAUCAAUAAUUUGAAGGCUAUAUAUAUAUUGUGUGUGCAUGCAUGCAUGAGUAUGUGUGUGUGUGUGUGUGUGUGUAUGUAUGUAUGUAUGUAUGAGAACAAGAUGGUGGUGGAUGUGGAGGUGGCAGAUGUUUGGUUGGCGUGCCCACCACACAGUUACUAGAGUACAAAGUACAGGGCCCAGCCGUCAUUGAGUAUCCCGCCGCUAUGCCUCUGCUGCAGCCAGUGAACACAGGCUCUUAACAGGCCAAGCAGCAUUGCGCCAAGUUAUCCGUCUCGCCCCAUAGAACUUUUCUAGUGUGGGCUCUGUCAUCUGAGCCAGCAGGAGGCUUUAUAACAGUGAAGUAUACACACAUUUGUUAAAGACAUAGUUAGCCCAUGUGCCUCUACAUUGAUGUGAGGUUGUCAACACCCAUUAAAGUCGACUUUUUGGAUUCAUUGUAGAAUUGCACUCUUCAUUACGAGGUAGGAAUAAGAGGUAUUGCACUCUUCGUAUGUGUGUUUUGUCAGUAAACAGAGAUUAGUAGCAUUUCUGGUUCCAGGAAUUUCUCAUUCCACAGCCACUGACUUUACUUGUGUUGGGGCAACCAAAGAAAUAUUUUCUUAAACACUAAAAUUACAAAAAAAAAAAAAUUGGAACAGCAGGAAUUGCCCUCAGUGAGAUACUGAAAUGUUUAUUUCAUGAGUGACAUUAGAGGUAUUUGCCAUUUUGUUAAUGAAAAAUGAUUUGAGUGUAAUGCCUCACAAAAUAACUUGAGUUAACUUUGGGUGCAACAUAGGAGUCAGUUUGGGCUGCUGUUAUGUAUGGGUGCGCAAAGUGGCACACUUGGCCUUGGUGAGCAUCCAGUAUAAUCCUGCGCUGCCCAUGCCCAAACUUUUAACAACCUGCUGCAAUUCGAUGCAACUUGUCUCGUGUAGUUCAUAUUUUGCUGGCACUAGGAACUUCACAUUUUCAAAAUAUGGCAAGUGUUGGGCUUAUAUUUGUUACAAAUUAAUUAGGAAUGCUUAUCAUGUACUCAUAGGUUUAUUAUAGAGUAUUUACCAGAGAUAGAAGAGGCCCUGUUAUAUGUGAAGGGCUGAGUGCUUGCCAAAUAUAGUCUACACUGUGUGAAGACAUGGGAGGCAUGAGGUGCCAUCAAGGUCACACUGAACUGCAUGCUCUCAGAUCAUAAGUGUGAUCACCUCCCAGAACAGUUAGUAGGGGUGGCAUUUUGGGACUGGAACCUGAGUUAACUAUGAGAAUCCCCCCACCAAAUGUUCAAAAUUCAGGAGAUCUGCUAUGGUAAUGAACUUAUGAAUAACAAUAAUUAUGUGUACAAGCUUCUUAUGGGGAAUCUCUUAAAUAAUAAAGGAGACUGAAGUCCUUAAGUGCUUCCUCAUGGAGAAGUAGACCUGUAGACCCCAUGCAGAGAGAGGUGCCUUCCCUGAGGGGUGCCACCAUGGCCUCCCACCCCUCAAUGAUCCCGUCGGAGGCCCCAGUCUGUAUUCACACCCAGUGUUUGUGGUUAACAUAACCUUGCUUCAUUUUAACCAAUAUUUUUUUUUUUUUCCAUAAUUAUAUUGUCAGCAGUUAGUACCAAAUUUUGGCCAUUACUGAUAUCUUCUAAGCUUGAAUAGAUGUUUUUAAUGUUUGCUGCUAUUGAGUUUCACUUUGACAGUUUUGUCAUUUAUGUUCCGUCAGUCAAGGCUCCAGUACGCAAGGCUGCUGGAAAUAGCGGUGUCACAUGUAUGAUGUCUAUCUCUGUACUGCGCUGUAUGUAUUUUUUAUGUAUUGACAGUCAUGUUUUCACUCCCAGAAAUAAACAUCCAUUACUAUACCAGAAAACCAUUGCACCUUAAGGCUCUCAUACAUCAUAGCCUACACACUCAAGUUUGUUUUGAGAAUAUAAACAAGUAGUGCAUCUUCUGAAUAUGUGCACUGGAAUUGCUUGGCCCAGGGCCAUUUUUGUUACUGGCAUUGUGUUAAUUGUGGACAGGCUGACGUUAGUUACCUGGUUGAGUUUGUGGGAUGAGCUCCAGCUCCUGGUCAUGCUCUUUAUUCCUAAAGAUUAACGUGACUGAGUCUUGUCAUCGUUUUGAUCCCUUCCACCCUGGCAUGGAAUUUGCUUCCACACUCUUGUUUAGCUCAUUUCAUUUCACUUUUAUGUUGAAGAAAAGCUUCCUGUGGUUUGUCAUGUUUUUUCCAAGUCAGAUAUUCUACAUUAAUAAAAGACAAUUUCUAAGUUUUUAGAAAAGUUUCUGGUUGGAGGGCACUUUUGUUUAACCCUUUCACUGUUUAGACCCUCAAAAUUAAUAUUGCUCUUAAUGUUUAUUGGUUUUUACCUGAAAAGGUAGAUACUUUUUCUGAAGGUAAUGACACCAAAAGUACGAAAUUUUCUGGAAAACUUGGAGAAUUAUGCAAGUGCAAACUUUGCAGUCUCACUGCAUUUAACAUAUUGGCUAUUCUGCCCACUUUGAGUCCUAUUUUAAGCCAAUUCCAUUGUUCUGUUCAACCAAAUUCUUAGCUAUUUUGUUAGUAUUACUUCCAUUGUCAAAUGAGUACAAGACUGCCCAUUCAGCUAUUUUGACCACUAUCUAAAGUGUACAGAAGUUGGUAAUUUGGCCAGUUUUACACAAAAUUAAAAAAAAAAUGCCAACUUUAAAAUAGUCCAUAAUAAAUGUAAUAUAGACAUUCCUGGUACUAAAACAUUUCCUGUGUUCAUGCACUGUGAGGUGCAGGAUUUUUUUUAUACUAUGCACUCGCCACACAGACCCAUUCUCUCGUAUCUAGGCCAAAAUUUACCACUCAUAGCAUAUCUGAGUGAGCUGAGCUCAUGAUGUAGAACUACUACAGGGACCCUGGCCUCAGUGCCGUAGUUCUAUGUGAUGGACAGUGAAAGGGUUAAGCAGAUAUAUUAAUUAGGGGGAGAUAAGAUUAAAUAAACAUGAGUAAUGGGAGUUUUUACAAAUAUACAGUGAAGACUUAUUUUCAGACAUUUUUAUUUUCCAGUUUAUCAGCAUGGUUUUAGUUAAUGGGGGGUUACUUUACAGAGCUGGCAGCUUGAAAUGUCAUAAUUUAUAUAUCAGCAAGUUUGCUACUUUUUCAAGAACGUGGUGAUGUCACCAAUUUGAAGGUAAAAAAUUUUCUUAUGCCAUGCUUUACCAAAAAUUCAGCAUUAUUUCUCAUGAAUGUAAUGUAAUAAUCUUUAAAGAGUUAUAAACCUUAUAAAUUUUGCUUUAUAUUAGUAAAAUAUCUUGCUGAAUCACUCUGAACAAGGUACACAUGAAUAUGAUUAUCAUUUUAGGCUAGAAGUCAUUUUAUCAAGGAAGAACUUGGUCACCUAGUCUGCAAGUGCAAAUGAUUGUGGCAACUUACAUAGCACAAAACUUAAGCAUUGAGGUAGAAUGCUAAGCAUUUAUCUAGCAAACUUGCAUGGCAGGUACCAUAUGGCUGACACUGCAUGAAACCUAUGUCUGUAAUCAGAAGAUGCACCACACCACACCUGCUCUGGCAACUUGGUACCAUGCUUGCUCUCAACGCUUCUAGAAGCUUGCCACCACACAUACUCUCGGUACUUUUCUGAAGGUUUAGUGCCACACCUAAGCACUGCUGGAGGCUUGGUACUACCUCUCAGAGCUAUUUUGAAGGCCUGGUACCACACCUCUUAGAACUGUUCAGGAGGCUUGGUACUGUGCCUCUUAAACUGUUCUGGAGGUUUGGUACCAUACCCCAUAGAACUUCUCUGGAGGCUUACUACCACACCCCUUAGAACUGUUCUGGAGGCUUGUUCUAAGCACAUUUGUUGAGGCUUGAUGCAAUAUCAUCAUAAAAAUGCACAAUAAAAGGGUGAGGAACUGGAUGUUUACAGUAGUUGUAUUGUUCAUAGCCUUUAGUGAAUUCAGAUCAGUUCUGUAGUGAGCAUCUGAUUGAGAUGUUCAUUGUAAGUGCAUUAAAUGUGACAUCUGGCUGCCACACAUUUGUUACAUUCAGCCCCUGAAGGAGAGUAGGAAAUGGAAGUUUCCAUAGUGCCUCAGUAUGUUGGCAAUCCUCAUUGUUUAAUAAAGACAUUUUGGCCUCUUCCAAAGAGUUUGAGGGCUGCAAGGUCCUUUUAACAUUUUGCAAUGACCGGUGUGGUUCUUACAUGUGACUUUUAGGUUAAAAUAUUCAUUUUGUUCUUUAUUUAAACUAUUACCAUGUAUAUUUUUUUUUUAGUUUGAGUCAACAGCUUUUCUUUAUGUGGAUCUCUAAUUUGUUGGAUCCUCCACAUACAAGUGAUAGUUCUGCAAGCAUUAUCUAUAUUUCCCUUGUUUUCUCAUUCUUACAUAAAUUUCUCAUCCCUCACUUCAUGUGUGUUAUACUUUACAUAUGUAUGCUUCCAUAUGAAGCCCCUGCUCCAGUGUCAACAGUCUUCAGUCUUGAAACUACAAAAGCAGAGUCAACCACAGGUGGUUGGAAUUGACUUUUCAAGUUUUUCUGAAUGCCAAAAUAAGUAAGUUAAACAUGUUAAGCAUAUUCAGAUGAAACUAGUGUGUGUAAAUGAAGGAAUUGCGAUAAAUGUUAGGCAAGGAGUUUCACAAUUGCUUAGAAUCAAAGAUAUGCAAAAUCUAGACAUAUAUUUUAUAAUUCAUCUUAAUUUGUAAUAGUUGUUUUAAAUCCAGACUGUUUAACUCCAGCAUCAAGUGGUAUAAACUUUUUUGGCGGGUUGAGGUUCUGAUUUGAUUGCAGGAUACAGCUGUUUUGGAAAAGGCAAGGCAGGUUUUUAAAGAUCAUUAUUUUUUACAUUUAUUUAACUACUGCUGUAGGAUCUGGCCCUACCAGUUGCCUCUGCUUCCUUAUCCAGUGAACACCUUUAUUUUCCCCCCACAUAGGCAUGUAAUUGAGUGUACAUACAGUAUUACAAAGUAGACAUCUUGUGUAUGUAGGUGUAGUGUCAGUGAGCCUUUCAUGUGUAUCACAGUGCCCCCUUCAGUCAGGUAAAGAUAACACAAUGGUGGCAUUCAUGAUAUCAGGUGAAUUCAGGAAAAGCGCAAUUAAGAACAAUUCCUAGUCAAGUCUGACUUAAUUUUGUGACUGCUUUGACUGGCAUUGUCUGAGCGUGAUUACUGAUGUCAACUCUUGUGACUGGUGAGAGAUAGUCUGCCUUAACAGUGGAUUAAUUUUAUGUAAAGUCAAUGCCUAAUAUAAAAGUGUUCAGGUGAUUGUUGUUUACUGGGUCCAAUAAUAACUUUAUAUUAAUUCAAGAGAUCGGCUUAUCAACUCGCUGAGGGUCAACGGGGUUGUCUUGAAGCAAAAGUAAACCAUUAGUUAUUUGAAAAUGAUUCUAAGAUACCUUGGCUGUGUAAAAGGAUCUUAGGAUAAACCAUGGACAGGAUGGGAUUUGAACUCAUGGUGAGCAAGUUAUAAAACUCCAGGCCAGCUGGAGUGGGGCCCAGGCUAACCUUCCUAUGGUGUAUAAAUAUACCUAGUUGGAUGAAUCUUAGUGUAGCCAGCUGGCCUGGAGUUUUACAGUUCGCUUGCCAUGGGUUCAAACCCCACCCAUUCCCUGCUUUGUUUGGAAUCGUGUUAUUAUAAUCUUUGGAUACCUUGGUGGGCUCCCAGUGAGUUGCAGCUGGUGUCAAAAAAAAGUAAUGGUAGUCAUGCAGCUUUAAGGUAGAUAUCUUAAAUUGUAUUAAUUUUUCAUCCUAUUGUUUUGAAUGCUAUUUAAAUCUGACCUUGGUUGUUCAGUAUUAUUAAUCUCUUAUUUCUUUAGUCCUGUUGCUUGGGAAUUUUCCUAGUUGCAUAUUCCAUGACUUUUUUCCUGUUUUUCACCUUCAGUGUUGAACCCCACCAACUGGAAAAACUUUCGGGCUUUCAGAGUGAAAAAGGUAAUUUUCUUAGCUAUGGCCUAAACUCUUGAAUUUUUCCUUUAAAUGGAAUUAUAGUUUGUUAGUAAAAACAACGUGUCAUCAGUAGUGUAGCAUUGAAAGCUUUUCUUCAAGUACUUAUGAAUUUGUCUUCAUUUAACGUACGUCAUACCGUUGUUCCGAUAAGUGAAUGUUGUAUGUAUUUUGUGAAUUUGAAACUCUUGGCAUUUUUCCAAUAGUGUAAUUUUUACCUGCAAUUUCAUGUGAUUUAACAAAAAAAAAAAAAGUAUUUUUGUACUUUACUACAUUGAAUUGGAUUUGAGUACAAUGCUCAUUGAUACUGUGAACUCUUAAUUCCUAAUUCUGCUUUGGGAGGUGAUCAUAAGACUGUGUUCCUGGGAGGUUGUUUUAAUGAAUAAUGUAGAAAGCAAAUUGCAAAUACACAUUCAUUUUUUGUAAA